AUUCAUACCAAAACAUAUACGGAUAGUCACGGAUAGAGUUAGAUAUACUCGUAAAUAAACCGGUGGAGUAUUUAAUAGAUUGGUUUGAUUUGGUUUGGGUGAUGGGAAUCCACGUCAGUCCGCAUCCAUAAACAUCAGCUAAGAAAUACUACAUGCAUUUUAUCAAUUAUUUAAAAAAGACAAUAUAGACAAAGAACCUAACUGAAAAGUAAAGAAACAGAACAAACUCAUCAUCAAUGUCGACUGUGAAGAUGAUCGGUGUGAUAGGCGGUGGUCAGAUGGGAUCAGGAAUAGCCCAACUCACCGCCCUGCAGGGAAUCGAUGUUUGUCUUCUAGAUGUCGACUCUCAAGCUCUUUCAACCGCUUCCUCUUCCAUCUCUUCUUCCAUCAACCGUCUCGUUUCCAAAUCCCAUCUCUCUCAGGCUACAGCUUCUGAAGCUCUGAAACGACUGCGUUUUACUACUGAUUUAAACGAUCUCUCUCACGCUGAUUUCAUUAUUGAAGCUAUUGUAGAAUCUGAAGAGGUUAAGAAAUCUUUGUUUCUUCAAUUAGAUAAGAUUGCUAAGAGUUCUGCAAUUUUGGCUUCUAAUACCAGUUCCAUCUCCAUCACUCGUUUAGCAUCAUCAACCACAAGGCCACAGCAGGUGAUAGGAAUGCAUUUUAUGAAUCCUCCACCAGUUAUGAAAUUGAUUGAGAUUGUGCGAGGUGCUGAUACUUCUGAUGAAACAUUUGCUGCUACAAAAGCACUCUCACUCAGGCUUGGCAAAACAGUAAUAACUUCUCAGGAUUACUCAGGCUUCAUAGUCAACAGAAUCCUUAUGCCUAUGAUAAAUGAAGCAUUUUAUACUUUAUACACUAAUGUUGCAACCAAAGAGGAUAUCGACACAGGAAUGAAGUUGGGUACUAACCAUCCAAUGGGCCCUUUAGAGCUUGCAGACUUCAUUGGGUUGGAUGUAUGCUUGUCUAUAAUGAAAGUUCUUCAUGCUGGCCUUGGGGACAAUAAAUAUGCACCUUGCCCUCUACUUGUGCAGUAUGUUGAUGCUGGCAGACUUGGAAGAAAACGAGGCAUCGGCGUGUAUAACUAUAGUAAAGAGCCCAAGUCUUCAAAAUCAUCUUCUCGUCUUUAAAAUGUUUGGUUUCCUAGGAAGAAUAAGUUUUCAACGCCGCACUUAUACCUUGUUUCUGAACAUGAGGUACACUACUGAAGUUAAGUGGAAUAUAGUUAGUCGCGAGAUCUCCUUUUACUCAUUCACUACUGAAGUGAACAGCUUUAUGUUGCUUGUAUAAUAGGGUUUAAUAGUUGGAGUUUAUUGCGACGAGACAGAUAUGUACAGAAGGAUAUGCUUACAAUAUAAAUGUAGGAACCAGAGAUUAAUUAAUAUUUUAGGUUCUCUGUCA